AUGGGGGCGACGGUUUGCUCGGAUAUCUCGUUUAACUCCAAACUACUGUUCGUUCUCAUACAGACACCACCGCGUUCGGCUGAAUCAUAAAUUUUUCAGUGAAAAUUUUCAUUCGCAAAUAUUUAGUAGAAAUUAAGAAAUUGCAAUUGGAUUUUGCUAAAAUUUGUUUAAAUGCGGCACUGUGGGCAAUCGAAAGUAAAGACAAUUUGGGAAAAUCUUAUAAAAGGCGUAAAAAAGUUCAGUUUCAUAGAAGUCUGCUGCUAGAAUUGAAAAAGGAAGGAAAUAAAGUGUAAAGUGUAAAGAGUAGAUAGUAGUGGGUGGAAAAAGUGCAGUGCGGCAUGCGGGUCGUACACGCUACACAGUGAAGUGGAAGUGCGUAAACGACAAAGGCAACAAAGACGACAGCGGAGAGUGAAAUGAAUUGGAGCUGAGUGGGAGUUCGAAAAAUAGGAAGCAGUGUAAUACAUUGUAAGCAGAUAAAGUUGAACGGGGGGGCCGGCCGUAGUAGGAGUACAUAUUGUGGCGGAUUGGAGCAGAAAUUGCAAAAGAGAGCGUGGGAGGAUGAGAUACGAACGAAUUGUUGAAGAACGGGUGAAUAACGAGAGUUAAAUAAAGCGGAAGAAGGAGAAGAACGCAUUUAUGAAUAUACUGCGAAUACGAGCGAUAAAAAGCAAAAGGCAAAACGAAAGAGUAUAUUGCGCUGGAGUAGACGAAAGAUAAGGGAAAAGCAAGCACACACAAAUAGACGACGAACUACACCCAAAAAAAGUGCUACCAACAGCAACGGGAACAGAGGAGCAGAAGUGUUGAAAAAUAACAUUAAAGUAUAGACGAAAAACAGGAAUAUUACAAAAUUAAUUCCUUUAUUGCACUUUUAAGUACUUAAGUGUAUGCCUGAGUGCAAGCGUAUGCAUGCGUGUGUGUGUGUGUGAGUUUUAAAUUCACAUGUACAUAUAACUACAAACAAAUGUAUGUGGGCAGAGGCGUAGUUGCACAAACGAAACGGAACGAAAACCUCACAUAUGUAUCUACAAACAUACAUAAAUAGCGUGUAGCUGUAGCUGUCGUAAAGCGGCUAACCGAUAAGUGGAAGUGCAAGUUAUACCUGUGCCACCCACACAAAUGCGGCACCCUGUUCAACUCUUCUGCCGGAUACGCGAAACCCAGCUGGGAAUGGUCGAUAUGAACUGCAGUGUACGAAAUAGCCAGUAAAAGUGCAGUGUAAGCAAUUAAAUUGGGUUUAACGAUAAUUUUCGUAUGUGUUCAAAGUGAAUGAAUUCGUUCGAUAUUCAGUAUUUGUUCGUUCGAAACUGAAAACGCAUAAAUUGUGGAAUUUCGCGUUAAUCUUAUAUUUUUUCGUAAUGUAAAUUUACCAGCGUUGGCUAUUUAUAUAUAUUUUUUUGAAUUAAGAAUUGUACGUGCCAUAUAUUUUGUACAAACCCCGAUACCAACCCAUUCGAAGGCUUUGCUGCCUCAACAACAGCAGCAACAACUCAAGCACUCGCACACUACUUAUCGGUGUUUUUUGGUAUUUUGUUUUGUUAGAAUAUGGAUUGCAGUCUUGCAGAACAAAAUUCCGUGAAUUCCUUGGACGAAACUAUUAGAAGUCUCACGCAACUAGCCUCUAGCGGCAGCCCAUUGCGGCGCGAAAACACUUUUACAUCGGCUACAGCCCAACAAGUGACAGUCUUAUCGUCGUCGCCAUCGUCUGCGGCGGCGGCGAUACAAACUGCGGCUGCCAUCAGGCUGCGCAAGUACAGCGAUCGUUGUCUGACCACAGCUGAAGCUAAAUCGCACACCUAUCGCAUCUCAAUGGCGAACUUGGAGGAGACACAGGAGUCCGAAUUGGAUAUGAUAUUGGGUGAGCUGAGCCUACUGGAGGCGCAAAUCAAUUGCGGCGAUGCAGCUUUUCUACCCGGUUGUGGUAUGCCUGGUCCGCAACAACUUGCAAAUCCAUCAUCCGGCAUAGGCAUGGGGACAGGGCCACCUACACGCACACAUUCGCGCACGAAUUCCACUAUUUCAGGUGCCACGACCAUUUCAAUAUCCGGUUCGUCAGAGUGUGGCAGCAGCGCUACCACACACUCGUUGGCCUCUUCCUCGGGCGUUUCGGAGAAUGGUCAGAGUAGUAUUGGUGGUGGCAGCAGCGUGGGCAGCGUGAUGGGCGUCAGUAUUGGCAGUGUAGGUGGCGUUGGUGGCAGUGUUGUAGGAACUAUGCGGGAACCGCGCACCGAGUCGCCGGACAAUGAUUCCGCUUUUAGUGACACCGUUUCGCUGUUAUCCAGCGAGUCAUCAGCCUCGAGCAGCGCUAGCUCAGCGCUGCAUCACAAGCAGAUGCAACAACUGCAGCAACACCAACAGUUGCAAUAUAUGCAGCAGCAACUGAGCGGCACCACGCUGAGCAGUAGCAAGGCGGCCAAAAUACAAUUGGCGCUGCACAAAUUGGAGCAUCCAUCCAUUCGACGGUUGUUCGUUAAGGCCUUUACUUCCGACGGUGCAUCGAAAUCGUUGUUGGUAGACGAGCGCAUGACGUGCGGCCACGUGACACGGCUAUUGGCCGACAAAAAUCACGUGCACAUGCAGGCGAACUGGGCUUUGGUGGAGAACUUGGGCGAUCUCCAAAUGGAACGCCUAUUUGAGGAUCAUGAAUUGUUGGUGGAUAAUUUGAUGACCUGGAACUCGGAUGCGGGGAAUCGCGUACUUUUUCAGCAGCGCAGCGACAAGGUUUCGCUUUUUGCGAAGCCGGAAAUCUACUUGCCCGGUCCACAAAUGGCGCCUGGCAGUCAACACGAUGAGCAUACGCGUGCCAUGCUGCUUGAGGAAUUCUUCGAAACUAACUCGCAGUUGCAAGUGGACGGUCCUCUGUAUAUGAAGGCCGAUUCCAAGAAAGGCUGGAAACGUUACCAUUUUGUUCUGCGCUCCUCGGGUCUGUACUAUUUUCCGAAAGAGAAGACGAAGAACACGCGCGAUUUGGCUUGUUUAACGCUUUUCAAUGGCUAUAAUGUGUAUCGCGGCUUGGGUUGGAAGAAGAAAUGGAAGGCACCCACUGAUUAUACGUUCGGCUUUAAGUCGGCCGUUGACUCUUCGUUGGGCAAGACAUGUCGCACACUGAAAAUGCUUUGUGCUGAAGAUUUAGAGACGAUGGAGAAGUGGAUUACGGCUAUACGAAUUUCGAAAUACGGCAAGCAGCUGUGGGAGAACCACAAAACGCUCAUGGAUGAUCUCAGCUUGGGCGAUGUGAUGUCGCAAACCAGUUUCGGCGUGUCGAUGCGUAGCGAAUCGAUUAGUAGCAUCUCAUCGGCUGUUCCCUCACAAUGUGGCAGCGUCUCAUCUGCUGUCUCGAGCAUGUCCAAUUCGAGUGGUCGCGUCUCGCGCGCUUCCUCGUCUUCGUCGAGCGGCUGCCUCUCGGAUGACAACAAUGGCUUCGACUCCGAAUUCACCACGGGCACUAUUAAACGCAAGCCCUCAAUGAAACCCAACCUGCCAUUGACCACCAUGACGCGCCAGUUGAAAGAGGUAGGCGAAAUUACGAUUUGCGAGGGAAGCGGCGUUGAUGUGCAGGAUGCAGCCUCGCCGGAGCGCAGCGGCACCUUAACGCGCCGCCACAGUCGCCGCAAAUCGCAAGAGAGCAACGGUAGCGGCACACUAAAGCGACGCCAGCCGCCAGCAGCCGUGGCGAAGCGUGGUUCGGCGGAAAGCAUGAAUGCAACCGCUUGUAAUUCGUCUGGUUCCUCCAACUCCACACCCACACCGACGCCCAGUAUUUGCGCUAAGCCUUUGUUGGAAUACGAAGCUGCGCGCACUACAGCCGUGAACGACACAGGCGUUGUGGCGAAUUGCAUGUCUUCAUCUACCCUUUCGCUAGAUUCUCUACCGCCACCACCACCCCCGCCGCCGCUUGUCGACGAACACGAAAUAUAUGGCUCACAGCUUUCGCUGGUCUCAUUGCCACCACCACCACCGCCAGAAGAGGUGAUGGUAUAUCAGCAGCCGAUACAGCAAUACGCAAUGGUUGGCGGAAAAGCGAACGGCAUGCCACCUGCAGUGCCUGCGAAACCACUAAAACAGCAGCAAACGCCUGUAAAGGGACCAGCGCCACCAUAUAAGGCACCACCAGAGUAUGUGGGUCAAGUGCACAAUCAGCAUAUGAACAACAGCAGCAAUAUUAACAACAACAGUGGUAUUAAUGCGGCUGUGGCCGCUGGUCUGCCACCUCCUCCGCCACCUUCGAAUACCGGCACACAAAAGAAAGUCUCUUUUGCCGAUUCGCCAGUACUGCUGCGUCGCAAAAUGUGCUCACCGGAGCCACCAGCGAGUCUAAUGCAACAUCAGCAGCAGCAAUUGCAAAUGCACGCGCAACCCAUCUACGGUUACACGCCCUGUCCGUUGCCACCGCCACGCGCCGAUAUGACACGGCUUUCGACGAAUUCCUCAAAUUGCAGUUCAAUUGACUUCGGCUCGCCCAAGCGACUGCAAGAAUCCACCUCGAAUCCGCCCCGAGACUUUCUCAAGGAUCUGCAGCGCGUCAUGCGCAAAAAAUGGCAGGUGGCACAAAAAUGCAAACUUGAACCAGCCACAACGCCGCACGAAGUGCUUGGCUUUCGCGAUUUCAAUGACGAGCUGCACAACUUGAAUGCAUCCGCCACCACACACUACUACCGCGAAACGGCGAAUGUGAGCAACUGGGUGCAGGAGCAUUAUGGCGCCGGCGCACCACCACCACCGCUCAGCGAAUAUGCGCUCUACGAAAAUUUGCAUGCUACCGACGCGCCGAACGGCAUGGCCGGCACGGCGGUGAUGAUGGAGCCGCAGUUCCCCAUGGCUGGGGCGGCGGUGGCUGCUGCAGCUGCGCAACGCAAGAAGCGGCCACCGCCGCCACCACCCAAACGCAGCGAUUCAACGCAACUGACGCACAGGGUUUAGGGAUGUGGCGGAGGCCAACGACGCAGGCAUUGGUUUCUGUGCGGUUGGUAAAAAUACAAAAGUGAAAGCGAAUCGAGGAACAGGUGCAGUAAGAGAAACUGCCGACGCAGAGUGACAGAGCGGGAAAGAAGCAAAGUGAGCGAAAAAAUGCGAACGAUAACAACAAAGAUGUUUACUAAAGCAAAAUAUAGAGAUUUUUUUAGCGAAACUAGAAUGGUUCAAAAUCUGUAGUACUACGAGCCCAGUUGCUAAACGGAUUUGGCGGCAAUUCACACAAAACAUGUCCUUUAUAUGUAGUUUAUAUUAAGCUAUAUAAAAAAUUAACAAAUUUUUAUAUAUAUUUACACGCUUAUACAUACAAACAUAUAUGGACGUCUACUUAUUGAGCAAUAGUGAGCUUAAGUGAAAAGCGAGUUUGCGCGAAAUGCGUUUAAAGGAUAUACAAAUAAUAAACAAAAUAAUCGAAUUGCUUUCAAAAUGUCUACGCCUAGGAAUUGUACAAUAUGCCAUACUAUUUGAUAGAAGCAGGAAAGAGCAUUUUGUGAACAGGGAUACCAAGAAACCUGUAAAAGUUUCACGUUUUUAAGCAUAAUUAUUAAUUAUCAUAUCUAUAUCAUAAAUAUAUUUGUGGAACACAGGUACACGUUGCUGUUAGGUAAACCAAAAGUAGAAUUUUUUCGAAAUGAAAAUCCUCAUAACACAAAAAUUUGCUACAUAUUGCGAAAAUCCAUUUUCCAUUCCAGUUAUAUUAAAAAGUACUCGAAACGCGCUUACAAUUCUUUGUGUACACAUAUUGGUAGCACUUAAAAAUACUGUUUUUCGAAAACUUUACGAAUUCUAGAGAACACUAUAUUGUAUUUACUAAUAAAAAUGUGAGUAAAAUUACUUGUGCGCAUUUGCAAAUACAAAAAAGUAUUUUUUUCGCAAACUCUACACAACUCUCCACCCAGCUAAAAAUGUGCGUAAAAUUGUUUGUUCACGUUUGCAAACACAAACAAUUUUUUUUCGCAAACUCUACACAACUCUCCACUCAGCUAAUUAUUAAUGGAAAUGUGCGUAAAAUUGUUUGUUCACAUUUGCAAACACCUGCACAUUGAUUUUCUUAAACUCUACAAAACUCUCCGCUCGUUUUUUUGUGCCCCAAUAAAGUUCCAAAUUCCUAAAUGUGGCUUAUGGUUUGCAGAGCAUUUAAGAAUACUAAGAAUUUUAAAAGUAUCCUAAACUCUCCGCCCCCACACUGCUUAGUCUUCUUGUCGAAGUAGUACUAUCCAAUAUCCAAAGUAAAAUGUUACGCGAAUUUUGUACUUUAGCAAAUUUUUUUAAGCAAAAUUUAAAAACAAAUUUAAUUAAAAACGAAAUUAUGCAAUACUUUUUUUUUUUCAUUACGAGAAAAAUGAAAAAAUAACACGAAUUUUGUUUGCUUGUUUAGUGAAAAAUGGCAAAUAUUUGCUAAUUUCUAGCUGCAUGUAACAUAAAUGCAAUGAUUAUUUGAACUUAUUGAAUCUCCACUAAACUCUACACCUACACUAUAUUGUAAAUUAAAGAACUUUUGCAUGCUAAACCGAAAAAAUAUGUACUUUAUCCAGAUAAUGCUUGAAAUGAAAUUUACCGCCUUACGAUUUAGAAGCGAAAAUUAGGGCUUAGUUUUUAAGAAAAAGAAGAGUUUUAAAAAUACAAUUUUUCAAUAUAAAAUUGGCGUCUCCACUUUACUCUUGUAUGUGCGUGUACUUAUUUAAGUGGAACUCUAUAGGAAAUUAUGAAAAUUGAAAAAAAAAAAUCGCCAGAGAAAUGUAUUGCUGGAGUUAUUUGAUGCAUAAAAAAUAGGUGGAUUUUGCAAUUUAGCAAAAAAAAAAAGUGUGCUAAAAAAUUUGCGGUCAUGCGCUUCAAACUUGCUUUUCCAUUAAAUUUAUGCAGCAAAAACAUUUAUGCAUGUGUAAAAAAGGAAAAAAAGAAUAUGGUAGUAAUUAAAUUGUUCCUAAGCAAAAGCAUUUCACUUGAAACAUGAAAAAAUAUAUAUGAAGAAUAAAAGAAUUACAUUUUUAAGAAAUACUAAAUAGAAUUAAUAUUAAUUGUAAAAACGCUAAACCGAUUGGCAGUUAAAAGUUUUUAUAAAUAUAUUUAAAUUGAUUAUUGUGCGAAUCGUACGACGAAACGCAGUAAAUUACAGGCAUGCAAUUUAAAGUAAAAAUAAAACAUAAAAUAGAAUGCAAUUUGUACUUUUUCAAAAUAAGCUAACAACAAAAAUAAAAACAAAAACUUUAUAUUGUAAAAUUUAGUUAAUACCGCUUUGUACAGUUAUUAAAAAAAAAUAUAUAUGAAAAUAUCGGUGUACUCCACUUUUUCUACUGCAAAACGCGUCAUAGCAAUUUUAGUUCGUUGAAAGAAAAAGUUACUCUUAAACAAAUACUAAAUAAUAAAAUAAUGAAAAGAAGUAAGUUAUUAAUAAAAUAUUAUUAUGCUAAAUGAACAAAAGAAGAAAAUAAAUUCAUAAAAUAAAUAAAGAUAAUUUUUUAAAUUGAUACAAAUAAGUAAAAAAAAAAAUCAAAGUACAUGCGUCAUUUGUUGCACAAAGACACAUUUGAUGCAUUUGAACUAAGUAAUUACUUAAAAAAUAAUUUUAUAAAAAUAUAUUUAAUUAAUAAAAAAUUUGUAUACCACAAAUUUUUGUAAAUGCCAUACAAAAGCAGUUUAUCGAAUACAAACCACUACUACAUACUGUGUACACAUAAACAAAUUUUACUACAUAAAUAUAAUAAUAAAGCAAGCAUUUUGAGCGCUUGCCUCGUAUCUCAAAUAUUCGUUUAAGAAAUGAAAGUUAUUUUAAUUUAUUAUUUUUUUCGUUUUUUGCUUUUUUAUAAAAUAAUUAUUGUUUGGCGUGCUGUUUUAUAUGGAAAUUUUACGCACUGAAAAAAUACUGAGUGGAACAUUCAACCUGUGCAAAAACAAAAUUUUUAUAAAAUAAUUUUUUUUUGCUUUGUUAAAGCGCCAAAUAUUGUUUUGAAAUGUGGACAUUUUUACAUUUUAUUAUUAAUGGCGUUGCAAUUUACAUUAUGAAUUCAUUAAUUCAAAUUCAAAAUUUCGAAUACACGCGUGUGCCGAAAAAAGGAUUGAUUCAAAUAAGAGCGAAUUUUAAAAUUGAAACUAAAAAAAAAACAAGCAGUUUUUAAAAAAGUGCAUGAGAAUGCAGAUUUUAAAUAUAUUCUAGAUUUCUAUUUUAAAAUUGUUUUGGAAGUUUGCUUUCAAUGAAUAUUUAAAAGGGAAAAGCAAAAAGGUUUUGGCAA